GAUUGGUUCACGGACUCCGCAUUCUCGCUAUUCCUAAACCAUGCCGUUGCUUGGAUAAGUUGGUGUAGUGACAUCCGGAGACAUCGAUUGUGACUCAGGUGAGGUGUUGUGGUGACGUUAAAACCAAGUCCGCGUUUCAACUCUGCGGCAGGCAAUGAUCAUGACCGUUGACAAUAUGACAUGAAAUCAUGUGAUGUGAUGUCACCACGUAACCUCCUCUUCACCUGACUUGUAAUUUCCAAAAGAUUAUUCAGUUCAUUAAAUACGGAUCAACCUGGCGAUAUAACAGUCCUAAGAUAAGGACAAUCGUCGUCGUGACAGGGGGUGGACAGUCACAGUGGUCUGACAUUAGCUUACAAGGAUAUUGAGUUGUUGGAAUACACUGGAUGAAGCGCCAGGGGCAUUGGUUUACUGGCGAACUUACCCAUCCAUGCUCACGAUAGAAGUCCCGGGAAGACAAGGACGGUUGCCGUCGUGACGAAAGCCAAAGAGGGGUAAGGACAUAUUCUAGUUUAACCUGAGUGGAGUCGAUCGAAAGCCUAACUCGACCAGAGAUGGAUGGGAAAAGCUUCUCCGUGUCCGAUGCCUGCGGUGAAGAGAUAGAGCUCAUCAAUAAGAAGCCUCUGGCGAUACCGACAGCUUUUGGUGAAAGGGGCAGAGGUGGAAAACCUUCCACCAAACCUAACAUCAAGGCCAUGUCGGUGUGGAGCACGGACAGCGAACACAAAGCUCACCUACUGAACAGACUAGAGGACACUCGCCUGACGACGAGUCUGUGCGUGAUCAGGAAAGAGAGACACAUCUCGGAACGUAAGUUUCGUCAGGAUGUGCGCACGCUUCGAAUCAGGUCAGCGCGACUGUCUCUGCCUGGCGACGGAGAGACGCCUCGCGGAGCUACCGCGUCGAGAUCCACGCUGUCUUCAAGAAUGUCCAACAGGCUGCAGAAUGGCCAGUCGAUGAUGAAUGUGGUUGUGCCUGAGCGGACGCCGUUGACGCGGCCGAAGACAGCUCCUCCUAUGCUAACGUACCGCCCGCAGACAGUGAUGUCCUGUAUUCUGUGCAGCACGGUUAGGAACAUGGCCAUGAAACACCGCCGAAUGAACUCCCGCACUUUACACAGCACUGAGGACAUGACAGAGUCAUUUUUAUUGUCUUUGGAAAGACACCAUGGUCAGGGUAAACUCCCGGACGUCAUCCAGACGUAUUUAGACCAUCUGCCAUAUUGUAUAAACGCUAGAACGAACACAGUAACUGUUGCACCGCCGCAAGAAAUUAGUGCCGGACCGAUACGGGUGACGGUAACAGAUGUCGCGCCACUACCUGCGGCAAAUGCCGCCGCACCACAACCGGCAACGGACGAUGUCGCAGAAGAUAAUGUGACAAGCAUUAUCAGUGACGACGAACUUGAAUAUAUCACUGGCGUUAACAAGAAGGUUAAAGAAAGUGACAAUAGAUUGAACCAAUCGGUCACCAAUCAGACGAGAGAGAAAAUGGAGAAGGUCACAAUCCGCGAGGACGAAUCGGGAAUGACGAUAACACAGCAUGAGGACAUUGGGGACGUCACGAGAACUUUCGCGAAAGACAGCGUAAACUGGCGUUUGUAUAACUUCCUUAAAGCGCAGCGUGAGUUCAAUACGCGGUGUCCUGUGCCGAGUCACAUCGCCGAGACCAAUGAGAAGUGGUGUUUUGAUCACUCGUCCGCCGGGACGCACAGGCGGCGGAUUAGUGUCCUCCCGGCGAGGAGGAGGAGUCAUCAUAAAAAACAAAAGUGAGUCAAAAUCUGGGACUCGAGGUUGUAAAACAAAAGACAGGUUUGGCAACCUCCUACGUAGAACGAGGGUGUUGUGCUGACUGAGAAAGUCUGUCAUGUCUGUCGUGUAAUUAUGAAGUUCUGAUAGCUUCAUAUACACAACACUUGUAAAUCAUCUAUGCUUAGAAUCAAGCAUGGAUUAAGCAUCUAAAUCUAUGGAUUAAGCAUCUUAAUCUAUGCUUGUUAGAAGUCAUAAGAGAGAAAUCAGCGAAAUGUUCAAAUGUAGCUCCUGGUCAAACAUGUAACUCCUGCUGGAACAUGUUUUUGUUCGGAGGAAUGGCAGACGAUUGGUUUUGACUCUUCCAGCUGGUUAUCCUUCCACUGGGCCGGUUUCCACUCUACCAGCUGGUUAAGAAUUUCAAGUGAACUACUUUAUCUGUAUUGGAAUAAGUAAUGGAUGCCGAGGGGACUUAUUUGCACAGAUCUUACUGAGAUCCUAGUUUGAUGCUGUGCC